CCCUUCGCUCCAGCCCUCACUAACCCAUGCUUCAGGAGCUCUGGAGACUCCCAGUCCAGUCAUCCUCCUCACAGAGACAGGAAACAUGGCCAACUGCAGCAGCGUUUCCAGACUUGUCCUCAUGGCCCUCCUCGGCCUCUGGGUAGCCACCCUCCACUCAGAGACUGCGGCAGACCCCACACCCACUUUACAAGGGGACAACCAGGACACGCUGUCCGGAGAGGGGGCGUAUGAAGUCACCACCAAAGACCCCUUCCAGGAUAUGACCGAGAGUGUGUUGACCUUCGAAUACGAGGACACCACCCACUCACAGGCCGUGGACGAGGAGGAAAGUGUUCUGGGCCCGGGUGCCAUCACAGCCAUCGUCAUCGCAGUCGUCCUGGGGGCUUCAGUCCUCCUCGCCCUCAUCGUCAUUACACUCAGGAAGUUCACUGCUUCCUAGAGCCACUUCCUCCUCUUUCUUUCAAUCUCUCUCUUUCACUUCUUUGUCAUUUCCAUUCAUCUAUCUUUAUUGUUUUUCCCCAUUCUCUAAAUGUUCUCCCAUUCACUCCAUUUCCCUUGUACACACACAUUGUGAAAGUGAAACCCUCGAUGCUAUAAUGGUGUGUGGCAGGUCCCUUUUGGCCUUGAAGAGCAACUGACAAUGAAAUACCUUCAGACUCUAGCUACUAUAAUCAUGCUGUUCUUGUUGGCCCCCAUGUCCACUACGUUGUCAAUUGGAGGCUUAAGUGGGAGUUAGGAUUUGCCCCUAAGAAGACAUUAGAGACUGGCAGGUUCUUCCAGUGUAACGUCAUAGCUUUAAUACAAUCCCUUUUACUUUACUUGUAAUGAUCUGUGUGCCGAAAUGUUUUGUCCAGCUUUGAUUUGUUCUUGCUGAUCUUUGUGGAAGUAAUUUUUUUCUGACGGUUCUGUUGUGUGUUGCUGUAUCCUGUCUGUCUUUGUGUGUGAACGGGUGUGAUGAGUGUGACUUUGUGAAGAUGAAUCCGCCAUGUUCAUUACGUUGCUGAGUGCCUACUCAUUUGGUUAAAAGUGAAGUGUUAUUGGCAGUAGAAUGAAAAAUGAAAUGAUUUACCAAAUGUACAACACAGAAUUCACUUGUAUGAUCAAAUGUUAUUUUGAAUGAUCUUAUCUCAUGAGAGAAUGUACAACACAGAAUUCACACAAUGUGCUACCUUUUAUUGGCAAGUAGUCUUUUUUUUAUUUAAGAAACGUUUGCCAUUUUCCAUUGGAACAAACAUAUUGAUAGUGACCCAGAACUAUAAUAUUUUAAUAUGAAAAUGCUGCCGUCGUCAAUAAAUAGACAUAAACAGGGUAAAAAAAAAUUAUAAUAAUUUAACCUGCAAAGCAAAUAUUAACAUUGCCUAUUAAACGUCAGAAUGACUGUUGUCUUUGUGUUUUUGGGGGGAUUGAUGGGAAGCGUUGUUUAAUAUUUAGAUUUUCUCUGUAUUACCCUUGUUUUACCAAUCAACUAACUAAUGCUUAUGUAAAACAAAUAUUCUUUAAGGUAAUAUCACCUGUUUUGAACUAUGUUUUAUAUUGUAUAAAUCACUUCCUACAACCAAA